UUUUUUGCAAUACAGUAGAAUCUCGCCGAUGCGACCCCCCUCUGAUGCGUCCAUUCCGUUUAUACGACCGUUUUUUGAGAAACUGUGAAAAAUUUGAGCAGAGAAUGUUGAAAAUUUGAGUAAAAUCGGCUGAAAUACAAGUCUGUUACACUUUGUUGGGCGCUAUGUGUUCACGUUUAUCUUGGCGAAAGCUGUACUGUAAGCAGGCAGGCAUACAAAAGACGGCUAAAAAUAGAUACCACCUCUCUAGACUGUCCACGCGGCAGUGUCUUGCCAAGCUCGGCGCGUCCACUAUCGCACGAAAAGCCGCUGUGGUAGCUUCUGCGAGAGCAUAAGAAACUCGUCCGGCCAGGCUGGCGGUAGCGGCGGCUUGACGUCAUACGUGACGUGACGCUUACCUCUCCCAUCCCCUGCUAAUUCUUCAAGGCUCAUCCCUCCCAGAGCCACAAACCAUGUAAAAACACCCUCCCCCCCUUUUCCAACUAACAUUUCAACUAGGGAUGGGUCGGUCCCGGUUCUCGGUUCUGGUUUUUAGCGGUUCUCAGCGUUAAUGACCCGGAACCGGAACCGGCGUUGUUAUAACUUCAAGUCUGGUCAUUUACAUGGUCAUGAACACACGUGCAGGUUACAAAUUACUGCAUUAUUUGUUGCGCAAAUUGAAUUAUCUGCCCAUCGACAUAAUUUUUAAUUAACAUCUUGAAAUCCAAAAAAAAACGCAACAGUAAUAAUUUUUGAUAACCUUUUCAGUUUUCAGACAUAAACAAUAAACAUCAAACGUAUUUAUGUGCAUGAUCGUGAUGUAAACAAGAGAAAUAUGUCCAUAGAUAUCUAUACAGUUGUGUGCAUCACAAACAAAAAUCUCACCUAUGAUUUUAUAUAGUUAUUGUAAAAAUGAAGCGCUUACAGCGGAAAAUUAACGAAACAUCGGCAAGUCAGUAGUGAGAUUGCCGUGUUUUGGAGUUUUUCUAUGGCGGCGAACGUUACCGUGUUUUGUGGUUAUUUGAGGUUAUGAGGAAAAAAACGUAAAUAUAAAUAGCAGAAAUGACCUAUAUAUUUUAUCCGUAGUUUAAAAUCGAAACUCAAACGCUAUCUACUGUUCGAAUUGUGACAAUUUACAAUUAAUUUUCUGUGCAGAAUGCACAACUAACGAACUAACUUUAUUAUUUGGAAAUAGCUAUUUUUUCAUUAAGGCGCGGUACAUUUUUUUUGUGUGUGUCAACGUGACACGAAAUGAAAAAGUGGUAACAUUCAAAACAUUGUAUUUUCGUUAAAAUGUCUGUCGUUUGGGAACAUUUUUCCAUUGACUCCAUGGACAGUGAAUAUGCAUUAUGCAACUACUGCAAAAGUCGCAUAUCCCGAGGUUCUUCUAGGUCAACUUCAAAUCUUCAUAAACAUUUAAAAAAGCAACAUCCCAAAAGACUCAGAGUAGAAUCUGUGCAAGCUGGCCCUUGUUUUUCAAAAUCUGGUUCACAAGCAUCUGUUACAGAAUUUGCACCAAGUGAAGGCUUGACAAGUUUGGCAAAUGUGGCAACGGAAAGCACGUCCAUGUCUACUAGCUCAUAAAUGUGCAAACGGAAAAAAGGACCUCAGUAUCAGAUAUCUCCGAAGCAGCAGACCUUGACACAGGUAUAUGAUAAAGCUACUAAAUUUAAAAUUGAUGAUAAAAGGCAGACAAAAAUCACACAUCUUGUUGCAAAAAUGGUGUGCGUGGAUGGCCAACCCCUGAACCUAGUUGAGAACAGAGGAUUUAAGGAACUAAUUGAGCACCUUGAGCCUCGGUUUACAAUGCCAACCCGAAAAACACUAAGCAAUGUUAUUGUUCCAGCCAUGUACGAAAGUACAGUUAAAAGUGUUGAAGUCCAGUUACAAGAUGCAGAGUUUGUUGCAGUAACUACAGACCUGUGGACAUCAGUGGCAAACACUGAUUUUCUUAGUGUAACUGCCCAUUAUGUAACAAAGGAAUUUGUAUUGCACCAUGUGUGUUUGGAAGUUAUACCUUUCCCCGAAGUAAGCCACACUGCAGAAAAUAUUUCCAAAUUCAUCACUUCUUUGUUAGAAAAAUGGGGACUACUGCAAAAAGUGGUGGCCAUUGUGCGAGACAAUGCCCGUAACCUUGUUGCUGGGUUAGAACUGUCGCCUUUCCAGCACACCUCAUGCCUAGCACAUACCCUGCAGCUGGUGCUCAAAGAAGGUUUCUUGAACAAUAAAAUUAUCAAUAACUUGGUUUCUUCAAGCAAGAAAAUAGUAGGCCACUUCAAGCACUCUGCACGUGCCACCAAGGUGCUGAAGACUUGCCAAAUCACUGCAGGUGUGGUGCAGCAUCGACUUAUUCAUGACGAGCCCACAAGGUGGAAUACGACACUGCACAUGUUCAAGAGACUGCAUGAGCAGAAGAAGGCAAUAGUAUUGGCUUGCGCAGAGCUCAAUAUCCCAGAACUGUCUAACUCUCUGUGGACCUUGAUGGAAAAUGUCAUACCUAUCCUCGAGGUGUUUGAUUCUGUAACAACCCACAUCAGCUCAGAUCAUGUGACUGUUGCAGAGGUCAUUCCCCUUACCAAUCUCAUUGAAAACGAGUUACAAAAGCCUGCUCCAGCUGGUUCUGGAUUGCAAGGACUCAAAAAUGACUUGUUAUCCUCCAUUAAAAUAAGGUUCAAGGAUCUUGAAAACAGUCAAAUUCUGACGUCUGCAACAUUGUUGGAUCCACGCUUCAAAGCAGCACCUUUCAAAGAUGAAGCAAAAUGUGAAGCUGCUAAAAAAAAGACUGUUGGAGGAAGCAUUAGGUCUACAAAUUCCUGAGAAUUUGGUAUCUGGAACAAAAAGUGCUACAAUACAGUUGCAGUCAGAUUCGAGUAAUUUGAUUUGGUCGCAGUAUUCCACACUAUUUACCCAUCAAGUUAAUAGUAGUCGGGAUUCUGGUUGUGGUUCCAUGGCAGAACAGCUUCAACAGUACUUCAAUGAGGAUAACAUGCCACCUAACUGCUCUGUCACAGAAUAUUGGAAGAAAAGGGAUCAGUGCAAACCACUACAGACACUUUCAAAAAAGUACUUGUGUGUGCCACCUGCAACAGUUUGCAGUGAGAGACUCUUCAGCACUGCAGGAUUUAUUUGCGACUCCAAAAGGAAUCGUUUAUAUCCGGAGAGAGUGAAGAUGCUCAUUUUUUUGAAUAAAAAUCUAAAAUGAAUUUAGUGAGAAAUACUAAAAUGUUAUAAUUAGCAUUACUUGUUUAAACUGUUUUAACAAUACUUACACAUAUUUGCUCACCUUGUUUGUUUUUAAGAAGCAUUAGUAAAAUUAUUAAUUAAGAUUA